UCAAAAAGGGCCAGUUUUUCCUAUUCUUUGCCAUUUUUAAAAAAAUGCAAACUCAGCUUUUGAAGUAACAAAUUACAUUUACUCUCACUGAUACUUUGGGUUUUUUCUUUUGUACACAUUUUUGGAGUAUUCCAAGAUGGUGGAGCCUGUCGGUGAAGGAAAUCACUCUGGUUUGCAGAAGAGAAACAUAAAUGGGAAAUAUAAUCAAAGGACUGAAGUCAAGAGGGAGUCAGGUCUAAACGAACUUAUCAUGUAAGGAAAUAUGUUGACACUGCCAUUCGAGGAACCUCAUAUGAUGUGUGAGCCGCGGUUUGGUGCCAAUUAUCCCCGUGAAAGCUUACCUGAGAGCCUGGAGCAGGAGCGCCAGCACGAGCCAGAGAGGUCCAACUCAGACAUGAGGGAGGCCGAGGAUGACAUCUCCGACAGAGAGGAAGACGAGAGGGAGGACGAUCAGGAUGACAACGGGCUCCCUAAAAAGCGGGGCCCGCGAAAAAAGAGGCCCGGCAAGGAGCACGACAGGGCCAAACUACGGCGCCAGGAAGCCAACGCCCGAGAGCGCAGCCGGAUGCACGGCUUAAACGCGGCGUUGGAGAGCCUGCGCAAAGUUGUACCGUGCUACUCCAAAACUCAAAAACUGUCCAAGAUUGAGACCCUCAGACUGGCUAAAAAUUACAUCUGGGCCCUGUCAGAGACCCUGAGCGCGGGGAAGAGACCGGACCUGCUCGCCUUCGUGCAGACUUUGUGCAAAGGAUUAUCUCAACCCACGACCAACUUGGUGGCCGGUUGUUUGCAGCUGAACGCGAGAAAUUUCCUCACAGACCACAACGGGGAGGUGAUGUUCUCUGGCAGGUCGCCAUAUGAUGCCAUGUACUCGUACCCCGGCUCAGACAUGAACACGCCCCCCGGCCACAGCGGCAGCGGCUUGGACAGCAGCGCCAAGCCGUUCAGACACUACAGCUACAGCGGCGCGUACGAGCCCUACUAUGAGAACCCGUCCCCUGAGAGCGGGAGCCCACAUUUUGACAGCCAGCUGAGCCCCCCGAUGAACUUUAACGGGAUUUUCUCCCUAAAACACGACGACCCACCAGACUACGGUAAAAGCAGCCACUAUGGCAUGCGCUACUGCAGUGCGCCAGGACGCACGGCUCUUGCGCACAACUCCAUGUACCGAGUCUCCCAAGAGGGCCGUUUCCCCUACGAUCUGCACGUCCGCAGCCAGUCCUUCCAAGCACAAGGGGAAGUUAAUGGCUCUUUCCACAAUUAAUCAAUCAGCUGGACAAAGUUCAAGUUUCAGAAGCGAUGCAAUUUCCCCCCGCAGAUGUCGAGAGUGGAACGAAAUGGACUCCAGACACACUGAUGCACUGCAAAAAUAUGCCCAUUUUAACGAGUCAUGUUGUGUUCAGUCUUGUUUUUCUUCCAAACAUGGUAAAAGUCUGCAAAUUAGAAAUGAUGAUUUCACCAGAUCUCGAAUCUUGUGUCAAUAUAAGACAGAAAAAAGAUUUAAAACAAAUUUUAAAAAAUCAGAGCCUUUUAUUGAUUUAAAGGAAAUUCAGAUUUAAUGGCCCAAUGUCAUAUUUCCAGUGGGAAAACACAAAAUUAGAGUAAUUCUAUGCAGGUUUUGAGAAACUUGUUUACAGAGUGCAUUAUAUUGUUUCGUAAUGACUGUAAUGCAGAUAAUGAUCAUAUAAAGCUGAUAUUGUCGACAAUUAAUUUGAUUUUUCUGCUUAUUUAAUCAAAUCACAGCAGUCGGUAAAAUAAUUUUCGUGGCGAAAUAAAAAUCAACUAACUGAAACAAUCGGGGGAAAAGAAAAGACGUUUCACCUCAUCAGGGAAGUUUGCUGAGACAUGAUUGGAGUUCACAGAUUCAGUCUGUUAGCAAUAAAGGUCAAUUGAGCUAUGCAAGGCAGCCAAAUGCAAUCUUUGCUUAUAAAAAAAGGUAUAUGUCUAUAUCCUCUCACAAGGCGUUUCUCAUAAUCUAAUUAAAGUGAUAACAAUAACACAAAAUUAACUAUUUAAAAAAAGACGUGCACGUGUUUAGGAGACCUGAUGAUGAUGUCAUCUGAACUUGGUCUAUAAAUACAGCAAGUUGUGGGGAAAAAAAGUUUAAAUUUAAAUGCAUUUGUAUUUGGAGUAAAUAGUGUGGUAA